AUGGAGCCAUCGACAACUCCAGUGCCAAAAUCUCCAGGCAUACUCAAGAGCUCACGUCCCAUAUCUUCAGAACCAUCACCGCGUCCGUUGGCACGGAAAUCAAGUCUCCCUCCAACAACCAACAAGAAUGCAUCAACAAAGAAAUCUCUGGGAGUCGCAGAGAAAAAGAAGCUCACACCAAUACCACCAUCAACGGCAACCAAAUCUGUGAAAGGCAGCAAGAAGCCGGUUACGAAGCGAGUGGUGGUUGAUGCUGACGAGUCCAGCAUAUUACAAGAACAAGAACAUCGGCCUUUGCUACAGAGUGAUUUGAUAUCAGUUCAGGAGCUCAAAUUAUCAGAUCUGAUACAAUCUAUGCUCGGGACAGCUGCUGGGUUGAAACAAGUAUUGGAUACAGAGCAUGAACGAGCUUUGAGACUUCGUGAGGCCGAAUUGGCCAAAGCUAAGAAAUUGGCAAAGAAGCGGGGUUACAGUGUCCCACUUCGGGAAUCUGUCACAGAGAUACCAACACCUGCAGAACCAUUGCAGGACGGCACAACAGAAGAAUCAAAAGCAGACGCAUCAGCAUACCCAGAUCAAUCAGAUCUCCCUGCACCGCCACCUCUUCCUGCAACUAUACAACCGCCAGAGCCAAAAAGUAUCGGACGAAUGGAAAAGAUAGUAAAACAGAGAGACGACAAAGUCACAGAUCUGAGGAAGCUCAAGGAAGAGAUACUAGACGCAUGGAAGCGUGCUCAUGAAGAUGAGUCGGUACGACAGACAGAAGGUGUUGCUCUUUUUGGUGAAGGAUUCAGGCAAUUGUCAAUACAUGAUGUGCCAACGUUGCUACAAGUCGAUAAUGAUUCUAUGAAGCAGAAUUCUCUCGUACCCUUUGUGGAAGUUAGGGAUAUUGAAGAUUCGCCGUCAAGACAGACAAGUCAAGCUAGUCUAUCAAGUCAUGAAAUAAUAGCUGCUGAUGGACGCAUGCCUCCUGCACCAGGACGAAAAGCUAGACAAACAGCAGCCGUAGCCCCACGAGCACAUAUGAAUUCUACUACUGGGAAAUUAAUACCGUCGACCAACCCAUUCCUUCGUAACCCACGUCUACAAGAGAUGACUCCAUCGAUUGCACCAUCAGCAGAUGGACUAAGUGAUAUAGAUAGUAAUUCAACAUGGCCUCAAUCCAAAAAACAGCAUCCAUAUCUGUCUGCGACGCCAGACUGUAUUUUGUUCUCUGAAUACGAAGCGGGCAACACGUUUUCACAAGUCGUUUCGUUUCGAAAUGUGGGUAGACAUCCAGCACGAAUGAGAGUAACAUUAUCUUCAAGCAACGAAUUAUUUGUGGUUGAGCCUAUACAACCGCCUGCUAUUGCAUUGGGUCUUGUCGCUCCAGGAAUGUCUAUAUCGUACAAGGUUACAUUCCAUCCAGAUUCACUUGCUGAUAGUGAAGCAUCGCUUGUUGUAAAUUCAGAGGGUAAUCCAUAUACUUUAUCGGUACUGUUAAGAGCUCGCAGGACAAGACCGUCAUUGACUAUACCGGACUGCUUGGCAUGUGGCCCUUGCCGUGCUGGACUGACUAUAACAAGACAAUGGAAGUUUGAAAAUUCUGGUGGAUCAGGCAACUUUGUGUUUUUGGGGCCAGGAGAUAACAUAUCGCUAGCUGAUACAGAGUUUGGUGAAUCUGCUGGAGGCAUAUCUAAAACUGGGCCAUUCGAAAUAUCACCGAGACGAUUUAAAUUGAAUGCAGGACAAUCUGGAUCUGUCAAUGUCAAGUAUAAGCCAGGAGCUCUAGAUGGAUCGCAUCCUUCACGUGAGGAUUUCGUAUUGAUGAGACUGGCUUGUGAUAAUGGACAUGUGCUUGUCUUGCCGAUUACGGGAACAGUAGAAAGUGCUCUGGUAUCUGUAGUUCGAAUAGUAGAUAUACGAGGCACCCGAGUCAAGAAUUCGCAAUUAGACCAGAAUGGAUAUCACUCUACUUGCUUUGGAAACCAAAAUGUUGGAGCUACGACAACAAGACUAGUGACUAUUGCAAAUCGAACAAAAUUAAAACUACCCUUCCAGUGGCAUAUACAUGAUGAAGUUACAAGAAUGGAACAUGGUGCUGCUCCAAGCAAUAACGGAGAAACACCGUUUUAUGUGUUUCCAACAGAGGGUAUAUUACGUCCCGAGUCUGAAACGACAUUUGAGUGCAAGUUUGCUCCUGGCGCUCUUGGUGAAUGUGAAGGAUUUGCACAAAUGAUACUGCCACGUAGUGAUCGAUCUCGACCGGACGUAGCACUGGGUUUACGAUGUGCUGGUGUAGCAGUACCAUUCCGCGUGCAUUCACGACCUGCCAUAUUACAGCCACCGACGUGCAUAUAUGUUGGGGACUCGUGGGAAUGUAAUGUCCGUAUAUUUAACGACUCUGCGUCUGAAGCACCGUUUGAAUUCCAGGUGGAGAACAUAGAUCCGAAUAUGUUGCGGGUGGUUGUACCUGAAAUCAAUGGGUUUGUACAGGCUGGCACAUCGUUGCCUAUAAAUAUAGAGCUGGUAGGACGGUUUCCUGGUGCAGUACAUGGAAGGCUUUUGUGCUCUAUUGCCGGUAGACAUGGACCAGUCUUGUCAAUCCCAAUACGAGCUAAAGUAGAAUUCCCACCUGGACAAGUCGAGUUUCGAGAGGUCGCAUGUGAUUUCGGUCUUAUGCCUCUUGGAACCAGCAGCACGAUGUAUCCGAUGCUAGCAAAUGAAUCUGAUGAACGAAUGUAUUUCGAUGCCUUCAUCCCGAAUGGAUCUACCACUUAUACCGUCAGCCCAUCAGAAGGGUGGCUAGACCCUCAAUCAGCGGUAGCAUUCGCUGUAGAUUGCAAACCACCGACUCCAGCAUCCGUAACCCAAAUUCUGGAAACUCGACUUAUGAGUGAAUGUGGUGUUUCAACUGCAGGAGCAUCAAUACGAUUAGCUAGCACAUGUACAACACCAUCUGUAGUAUUCGAAGGAUCCUCAAGUAUGUACUUCCAAUGCUUUUUGGAAAUAAUGACAUCAACGACCAUAACGUUACGAAAUUCCUCUCCGCUCCCUGCAACAAUAAGAUGGGAUAGCUUCAAGUCUGACUCUGCAUACAUAAAUACUGUACCGUCGGUUGUGACAAUUGCACCAAAUGAUGUGGUCGACGUAUCUGUAAAUGCCACAUUCUACAAGUCCGGAGAGUCGGAAAGUGUCAUGAUGCAUGGAUUUGUUGAUGGUGCCCUAUCCGAAAACCGUGAAUUGAAAUAUGAAGUUUCCGCAUACGUAUCUGGAAUAUGUGUAGAAAUCGCUUUAGAUAACCAAGACACUGCCGACGAAGCUCUACGAAAGCUAGAAGUAAAUUUCGAUGCCACCUUAUUCGAAACACAAUCACGUACCCUCACAAUCCGAAACACAUCACCCAUCCGCUCUGAAUAUAAUAUCAAUGUGAACCAGUAUACAACACCAUCUGAAUCAAGUGAUAAAUCGGAAGACGAACAACAUCCAGGAUUACUUGUGGCCUCAACAAAGGAAGGCCCAGGAUUUGCUUCAGCUGCUGGACAAGCAUACCUACAACGAGCAAGAGGAACAAGAGAUAGUGUUGCAAAAGCUCGUAAAAUGUUGCAGGCUGGUAGAGGAGCCGCAUUCAAAGUCAUUCCGUCGUCUGGUGUCAUAGAGCCGUACGAGUCACUUACGCUGGAACUUCAGGCAUUCAACAAUCUGGUUGGCAACUACAAGGAUUCCUUACUAAUACAAAUCGGGGAAUGGAUUAAUAUGACAGUCCCCAUGUCCCUUUCAGUGGUAGGUUCUCCCAUAAUAGUAUCUGGCCCACACCUGGCAGCCAGAUGCAACAGUGACAUCGACUGGCUGCCAUUCGGAACAAACGCUAUAUUGCCCAGAUCUAUAACAACCGCAGAUCAAGCAGGAUGUACACGUGUCCUGACAAUAGAAAACGUCGGGCCCCGAGACGUAGCUGUGUUUUGGAAGAUACCAUCAUCAUCACCAUUUAGUGUGGACGCCAACCCAACACACGUGCCAUCAUACCGACCCAUAAAAGUCAAGAUACGAUUCGCUUCCGAAGUAACAGGAACAUUUGAUGAGAUUAUCCAAGCCAAUUGUCUAUACAUCCAACCGAAUGGGUCUAGGUCUCCAUGGCCUGAUGUUAAGAAUCCGGGUAAUCAGGAAGUAGCAGUGCUGCUCAAAGUCACUGGUAAAGCAGUCACACCGAAUGUUUCCUUGGAGGCACUCGAAGAUCGAAUCAUGAUCGAUCCAGCUACUCUUAAAUCCCAUGUGUGCAAACUGGUCAAUCGGGGAGAAGCUAGGACUUGCUUCACACUACGUGCUGAACCAGAACCGUAUUUUAGCGUGUCUACGAGCAAUGGGACCAUGAUUGGUACGGAUAGCAGCAGCAGUAAUAUGACAAGGCCAACUACAAGGAGCACGAACAUGAUGGUGUCUCAGGAGCUUCUGAGUGAUUGUAUACAAUUAGGUGUCGGUGAAUCAUUCCCAUUCUCAGUCAACUUUACAUCCUACGAGCAUCAAGUCGAAGGUGGUUUACUCAAGAUUGAGCAUUCGUCUGGAAUAGUACAAGAGAUUGUGAUAGCAUUUGAAGGACAUUGA